AUGGCCUUCCCACGAAACUCAUUGCGAGCGUUUUUGGGCCACGUAAAACCUAGACUUUGGCAUCAUGUUGAAGCAGGCCUUAACAUAAACAUUGUGGUCGGCAAUCAAUCUGCAGCAUCAGUUCUUUACUCUUACAUAAGAUCUAUCUCUCCGCCCCAAAACGCACAUUCACCGGUCUAUGUCCCGUUACUGAACCUACAGAAAAGUGGCUUACGACUUCGCCCUGAGUUUAACGUUGUAUGCCAACACGCUGGCAUUGAGCCCAGUGCACUUCUGACUCUUGAAGACUUGCCUGAGACGGCUAUAGAGAGCGAAUAUGUCCAUUGGAUCCUUGUAGACCAUAACAAACCGACAGGAAGUCUUGAGACAAUACCGAGCGGUAAGUUUGAGGGUGUGAUAGAUCACCAUGAAGAUGAGAGCUUCAUUCCAUCAUCAUGCAAAUGUGAACCUCGAAUUGUUGAGAAAGCAGGAUCUUGCACCAGCCUUGUGACUCGCUAUUUCAGAUCAGCAUGGGAUGCAAUAUCGAAUGAUGAUUUAUCUACUGGCGCCGCUCACGGCCAAGGUGAGACAGCUAUCAAUGACCGGGCGUUUACACGCGGAUGGGACGCACAGCUUGCGAAGAUGGCACUUGCAAGCAUACUAAUCGACACGGUCGAUUUGACUGCAUCAGGAAAGGUUGAGGCAGCCGACCGGGAGGCUGUCGACUACCUCGAGGCCAGGAUUAAUUUGUCCCCGCUAGCGGCAAAAUCAUGGGACAGGAAAGCGUUCUUUAGCGAGGUCAAUGGUGCAAAAUCCAACAUCGGAGGGCUCUCUUUCGGAGAAGUGUUGAUUAAGGAUUACAAGCAUUGGACCGUUGGACGAAGUGACAUCGGAAUCGGCAGUGUAGUGAAAGAUUUGGGAUUUCUGCAGCAUAAGGCGGAACAAGAAAGAGGAGUUCGUAGCGAUCAGGGCCCAUCUUUCCCAAAAGCGUUGGACUUUUUCAUGGAAAAGAACCAGCUUCAUGUCUUCGCAGUCAUGACAGCUUUCACGGAGGACAACACAUUUCAACGGCAGUUGCUUUUGCAGGCUGAUUUGAAGAUAGAGGGGAUGAAGGAGAAAAUCGAGGGCUUUAGUCAAAAAGCGGCGAGGGAACUGAAUCUUGAGGUUCUCAAAUUGGACUGCUUUCAAGCUUCCGUAUCAGACAAUAUUUGGAGGAAAGCCUGGUCGCAGAAGGAUCUUAGCAAGAGUCGAAAGAAGGUUGCACCCAUGCUCAGAGCAGCCAUGGAAUGA